ACUAUAUUCCAUCCGGUGUGGGAGAGACAGCGUUCGUGGAAUAUCUCCACCUCGGCCAAGAAGGUUUUGUACACUCUCCCUGAGGCGCUUGUGAAGGAUCUAGAACCAUGGCAAUUUCGUAUCUGGAGCACGAACAGCAGGUCCAUUAUUGGUCAGCUGCAAUUACUGACCGCUCUCACUGAAAUCCAGCUUCGUUCCUGCGAUUUCCUUCUCGGUAAUAAUGGCACGAUGCAGAUGCUCGUAAAUGAACAGUUCGACGCAGGAAUCACUGAGAUGAUCGACCCUUGCGGUUUUGGUAUCUUCAACAAGGUCGGCAUUGGUCAUAUGAUCGCUACAUCGGCUUUGGGCAUUAUGGAUUCGAUGGCUGAAUUCUAUGAUGUGCCGAAAUUACCCAGCAUUGUUCCUUCAACUUCCCUACCAUACAACGACCAGAUGAACUUCCUAGAAAGAACGAUCAACUUCAUCGCUCUU